ACCACUGACGUCAUUCAGCAUCAACUUGGUAACAAGUUGUCACGGAGCGGCCUAUUAGUACUUCAUGUAGCGGUGGCUAUCGUAAUAGAAUAAUUCAAAAUAUAGUUAAAUCAUUCACGAUGCCUCCGAAGAAACCAGCUCAAGCUGCCGCCGGUAGUAAAAAAACGCAAGAAAAGAAGAAGGAAAAGAUAAUUGAGGACAAGACAUUUGGUUUGAAGAACAAAAAGGGAGGAAAACAACAGAAAUUUAUCAAGAAUGUCUCUCAGCAAGUCAAGCAAGUUCCUGGUAGUAAGGUUGGUGCGGAAGGGGACAAGAACAAAAAGGGUGACAAGAAGAAAGAGUUAGAUGAGCUGAACGAGCUUUUCAAGCCAGUGGUGGCUGCUCAGAAAGUCGCUAAAGGGGUGGACCCAAAGUCAGUUCUCUGUGCCUUCUUCAAGCAAGGCCAAUGUACCAAGGGAGACAAGUGCAAGUUCUCCCACGAUUUGACACUCGAGAGGAAGUGUGAGAAACGGAGCCUCUAUGUUGACAAGAGAGAUGAUGAGCUUGAGAAAGAUACCAUGGAUAAUUGGGAUGAGAAGAAGCUGGAGGAGGUAGUGAACCAGAAGCACGGAGAAGCUGAAAAGAAGAAAGCUCAAAGCUCAAAAACUCAAAUUGUUUGCAAGCAUUUCCUUGAUGCCAUUGAAAACAACAAAUAUGGUUGGUUUUGGGUAUGUCCUAGUGGAGCUGACACUUGUAUGUACCGCCAUGCAUUGCCUGCUGGGUUUGUGCUCAAGAAAGACAAGAAAAAGGACGAAAAGGAAGAUGAAAUCUCAAUGGAAGAGUUGAUAGAGAAUGAGCGAUCUGCCCUCGGACCAAAUGUCACCCGAAUAACUCUGGAGACCUUCUUGGCCUGGAAAAAGAGGAAAAGGCAAGAGAAAGUGGCGAAGGCAGAGCAAGACAUGGAGAAAAAGAAGGCUGAUUUCAAUGCUGGCAGGUCCUUUGGGGUUAGCGGCCGUCAAGUAUUUGAGUUCUGCCCUGAUCUGGCUGAUGAUGACGAUGAGGAGGCUGAUGACAUAAAAUAUGUUGAGGACGAUGAUGAUGUUGAAGAGGUUGAAGAUGUUCAGGAGUUCCAGGACAUCGAUCUAGCCAGGUUUGUUCCAAAGGAAGUUGACAACACCGGAAUAACUGUUGCUGCAGUUGACAGAUUCACAGCCAAAUCGAAGCCAACAAAGGAAAUUAAUGAUGACCAGCUGAACGGGGCUUGCGGAGGUGUGGAGGAGAACGGACACGACAGGGAAGACGAGACUCUCGAUGACAAAGAAGCAGAGCCCGUGCCUGUGGACGAGAACCUUUUCACCGGCGAGGACCUGGACGAACUGGAUGAAGAACUCAACACACUGGACCUGGAUGACUGACAAUGAUGACUUCUAAUAGAACAGUGCCUCAUGGACUAUGAAGAAGAGAUGACUAAAACAGAUUCACAAUAAAACAUCCUGAUGCUCACA